UAUAGAUCAUGUCAUCCGAGCUUGAAUUAUUGAAACAGCGCAUCACUGAGCUUGAGGCUGAGAAUGUUGAGAUUGCAGAGCUCAAGAAGGAGAAUGCAGAGCUUAGAAAGGAGAAUACUGAUUUUAGAAUGAAGUUCGCUAACUUUGAAGCUGAGAGAGCUGAACUUAAACGCAAGAUUGCCGAGACUCUAAGAAUGACUGAAGAAGAGAGAACGAGGCGUGAUGCUGAAAAUGUCAAACUCAGGGCCACAAUCGAGGAGUUGAGGAAAAAUAAUACUAAAGAGAGCGCUAGCUUCAAUUCAGUUGCAGAUCAGGUGCCAACGGUAACGCAUCACGAGAAACCAUUGGUGGAUACUUCAUUACCUGAAGACAAGGAAAUGGACGCUCCGGCCAAAUCCAAGAGUCCCUUCCAACACAUCCCAAAGAGAAAAUGUCUCAAGAUCUCAACUCGGUCACUCAGCCAUGCAAUAGCACGUCAUCGGAAGAAAAGAUAUGUAGCGAACUCUGAUAAAUCUAGCAUUGAUGAGGCCUCACAACAUCUAGCUCAGUUAUGCGAUAAAGCUUUUGAUGCUGAAGAUAAAGCAAAUCGAGCUAAUCAGGAAGAAAUUUUAUGCUGGUACCUCUAUGCGAAAGAUUUCAUAAUUCAGCUCAAUGGAAUCAUAGAAAGUAGUGGAGGUAAAUUCGGUGAAAAGAAAGCAAGAGGCUUACUGUAUGAUUCCAUUACAAAACAGCUUAAUUUGCUUCGUAAACAGAGAUCCCAAGAAACGGGGUUACAGCUUCGAGAUGUAUCACGAGAUAGUUUGCGCAAGAAAACCCAGAGAGCUGAGAAAGUCUAUAAAUUUAUCGAACAAGUGGGCCUCUGGUAACGGAUCAUGUGACUGAAAUUUCCGAGACAUUAUGUCCCGGAAAAAAUUUGCCUGUAAAUACUCCCGAUCAGAAU